UAUUUUUUUUUUCAUUUCACAACUUGUUGCGCGAUCAUAUGUUCUGAAUAAACAAAGAAUGAUAAAAACAUCAAUUGAAACGGACUCCACCACGUGGUCCACGCUUCCCCUACCUCGAUGACCUUGAGCAGCACGUGGUCGCUUCCCCUUCCGUUUGUUGUACCACGCGGUAUCACCAUGGCGAUCGUGAGUACCCCCGGAUACCGGUCACCAAGGGAAACCUAUUUGAACCCCAUCAACAAAAUCGAUAAUUUCCUGCAAAUCCAAGUGUUUACAUCCAUUUCGCGCUCUUCCUUUUUUGAUUGUUUUUUAUGUGAAAACUGCAUAGGAAAUGUGUUAAAAUAUGUUUAAGUUCUACAUUCUAUGUUGUUUAUGAUGGAACUCAGUCUGUACGGAUCGCAGAUUAACCUAGCAACGCGCGAAAGAACAACCCCAACCAAUAGCUACCAACACUUGGCGGGAAUCGGAACGUCACCGGUAUCGACGGUCGGUGGUAGACCUGGUUCGGCAUUCAACAGUAGUCGUCCCUUUCCGGCGCACAUCAGGCGUCCUCUGUCAGCUGAUAGCCAGAUUCGAAGAAAGUCGUCAUUUACAGGCGUUGGUAGCAAUAGUUCAACUUCGGGCUAUCUAUCAAAGCGAAGCACUUCUUCGUCUAGCUUGCUGAAGUCGCUACUGGCGGAACCGAUUUCGCGCUACUGGGGCUCGAAGACGUUGACAACGUCCGGGUGCUCCGGAAACGUGGUCGCCACACGGUCGACCAAGCACAUGUCUAAGGUGAAGAGCAAGAAGAGAGGUACGGUCGGUAAGAAAAAGAUAGUUGAUUGUAGUUCUGAAGAAGAGACCAGCAUGGACGAGGACACUCAGGAGUCAAACAACGAGGCUGAGUUGGAGAACAUCUGGUCCAGGGAUGGGAUGAAAAUUCUUCCUGGGAUGGAUAAGAAGCCUCCAAUACCACGAGGAGUAAUGAGAAAGGGACCCGUAAUGAAGAAAAUUGGGAAUGCUCCGUUAAGUCAAACUAGCGAACAGAAGUUGGACAAGAAAGUGGAUCUACCGGGCAGAGUGUCGUUCAGUUCAAACGAUCCGUACGAGAUAGACUACAGUGAUUACGAAGAUAAUGAGUUUACAUUGGCAAAGCAGGAAGCAUUGAAUGGGAUGGGACAAAGAAGUUCAGGGUCUAUUUAUGAUGAGCUGAUAUCUCCGUUACCGUUACCAGAACCACCAUCAAAGUCAAAGUUUAAUUUGGUGAAGUUUGAAGAAGAGUUGACAAGCUCGGGCUAUGAUACUAAAGAGGAAAAGUCUGAGAAGCUGGUGAAGUUUGGUUCAACGCCAGAGUCAUUAUGCGAUGAAGAUGAUUCAAACAAGAUCAUAGAAGACUAUAAGAAAGAGAUCGAAGAUAUCAAUAGGCGAAGGGAGAUGGAGCUUAAGAUGGCGUUAACAGAAAGCUCUAAAGCUUAUGAUCCUAAACGAUACACAACUGUUGAGGUCACUGAAACGUAUGUGGAAGAAACGUACAGGAUAGCUGCAGCAAGUUGUACAAGCGCUACAGAAGAUACCGAUACCGAGGUUGAGAAGCUUCAUAGUGGUCCUGUAGGCGGUAAGAAGGAUGUUAUAAACGAGUACUAUGAAUGCAUCAAUGAAAUCAUCAACCAGCAAGGUGAAAAAAAGUCUCAACAAGAUACCAAGGAGGAUACAUUGCGACUUAACUUGAACAACGAAUCGAAACCCGUUCCAGUGGAUAAAAACUUUCAAGCUAUUAAACCUACCCCAAAGCUGGACAAGAACAAACUAGACAGCAGCAAUAAUCAAAUUAUCAAGAACUAUUUCAAAGUGAAGGAGCAAAACUUCAACGAUUUCAAAUCGGUAAAAUCAAAUCAGAAGAAUAGUAAUUUACUUUCCAAAAAGAACGGAAAAGCACUUGAUAAACCCAAAUCCGCAGAUACUCAGAAAUCAAUCCUAAGAAACGCUAAAAAGAACAACUCCGUACCGAAAUUUUCAGCUCCCCUGUGCCGACAGGAAAGUAACAUUUCGGAGUUUCAGAUGGAGAAGGUUGUCAGUUGGAUGUCAUGCAACGAGGACACCUUCCCGAAACCCUACGAAAGCGAUCCGGACGCCGGCGGAAUGAUGUUGGGACCGAUCGAAGCCAAAGUACGGUCCACGACUCCGACUGACCUCAACAAGACUGACGAUGAGUCCAACUUCCACUACGAUCAUGGACGCAGAGAAACGGCCGGCAGCGAGCAGACCAAUUACGAUGACGAGUCUCUGGCCAGUGAGUUACCUAAGCAGAAGUCUGAUUUCCAAGUACUGAAAAACGAGGUGGAAUACAGACUGAGUAACAUUCUGGAUUCGCGAGACACGCCGGACAGCGCUGUCGAGUACCUGCCCGAAGAGCAGGACAGAGAUAAAGUGAAGGACCUACUCUCCUAUCUCGAUCAGGUCGAGAUGAAAUGCGAGAAGGCCUUCAAGUCGGCCGUCCCGUCGGAAUCGGACCGAUCGGAGAUGGAGUUUGCUGCCGAACCGGAUUACAUCGAAACCGUUCCAAAAAUGAACGAUCUACUGGAGAUCCCUGUUCAUCAACUAGCAAGGCGGGUCAUCAAGCUUUCUCUUCGUGCCAACGAGCUAAGCAACGCGAUGCAGCUAUCGAAGGAACACCUCUCGAAUGUACGCACAGAUAAGAUGAAGGCAGUUCGAGCGGAAAAGGUUGCCUUCCAGAACAAGAUGAAAGAACAGAAGAAACACUACGAGGACAUCAUAGGGCGCCAUCAGGAGUUUAUCGAUCAGCUGAUCAAGGACAAGUCUGGCCUGUGCGACAAGGUGACGCAGCUCACCAGAAGAAUCGAAUCGCAAAACCAAAGCUGGGAGCACAGACUGAAGACUGAGUUGGAGAAAGCGAAAGAUACUGCACUGGCGGCGGAGAAAAUACGACGAGAGAAGUGGGUGAGGGAGAACACCAAGAAAAUCAAAGAACUCACUGUGAAGGGACUUGAGCUGGAAAUCAACAAAAUGACCGCAACUCAUCAGAAGGAAAUUGCGGAACUGAAGCGACAGCACAAAGACGAAAUGAUGUGCGCCGUGUCGGAACUGAAGCUACAGUACGAGCAGAAAGAGGCGGACAUCAGGCAUAAUCUUCAAAAGGAACGAGAUGCGUUGAUCGAGAAGGAACGACAGGCCUUGCUGGAAAGGUUCGACAAACAAGUCAGCGAAGAGCGCUCCAUUUUCGAACAGCAGCGGCAUCAUUUGCUGAAUGAGUUUGAAAUCGAGAAAGAACGCAACCUCAAAGAACUGAAAAAUCGAAAUCAGUAUUUUGAGACACAACUGCAUGAGUUGAAGAGUGAUAAUGCUAAGAAUUUGGAAUUCGCUCGCAAAGAAUACGUGCAGAUGCUGAAGGAUCGUAAGAAUAAGCAUAAGGAGGAAUUAGCCAAAUUACAGAAUCAGUUGGAGGCCGAUUUUGCCGUUUGGAAAAAGAAGCACGAGGAAACCGCCAAAAUGGCAAUGGAAGAGCGAGAGAACACUGUUCGGCAGCAGCUACGCGUUGAAAGAGAUCAGCAAAUCGAUCGGAUCGUGGCCAAGGUGGACGCCGAAACGCAGAAGUAUCAGAAGGACUUCGAUGCUAAGAUGAAUCGCUUGAAGGAGAAGCAUCAGGUGGAGAUGCGUGAGCAGGAAGCUGCCGAAGCACUGCUAAAGCAAAAAUACCAGGAUUCUCGGGCUCAGCUGGCCGAGAGUGAGGCAACUGUGCAAAAUAUGAAAUCUUCGAUGAAGCAAGUAGAGUUACAGUUGAGCCACUCGAAGAAGCUGUGCGAGGAGUUGCUGCGCGAGAAGGAGAGCAUGAAAAGUGAAGCUCGCAAAGAGGUCCAGAAGGAUUUGGCCAACAUGCAGAAGGACCGUGAGCGAGAGAUCGAGCGGAUAUAUUGCAGAGUUCAACAAGCAAUAGAUAAAAAGGAUGCCACCAUCGGGAACUUACAAAAGGAAAUUUCGUCUCUCAAAGAGAGAUGUCUCAAACAAGAUGCUAUCAUUCGACAGCAGCGUAUAGAUUAUUGUAUAAAGUAGACCUGGACGGCCAUAUAUAAAAAUUGUUUUUCAUUCUAUAUUGUCUGACUAAACGAAA